UAAUAUUAAAUGAUGAACACGAAAAAGUACUCUUUACAUUUAAAGAGUAUUUGGAAUCAUGGGUAAAAUUAGAAAUGGUCGAACUUGAGAAGAAUCCACGCUGAUCGGUUUCUAUUAAAAAUGGAUAUUCUAUCUGCUGCUUUGGAUGAAUCUGGCAUAACUGGUGAUGAAGGCUUUGAUUUUGAUUUUGGUUCUGCCUCCAAUACUGGUCACAACAUACAGGCUAUUCCUGCCCAACAGACAUUUGUGGACACUUCAUCGGCCGUUGCUAUCAAUGGCCAUGCAGGUAUUGCUGACCAUUCGGCAGUGUUCUCCAACGCGUUGAAGCAGCUGGCCACCCAGGGUCAGGUGACCCAGCAGAGCAAUGCCCUCUCACAGUCACUGCUGGUUGGACAGGCCACUACUGCAAGCCAGAUCAUCACUGUUCCUUCUAACAUGUCCAUGUCAUCUGGGAUGAACAUCCUCCAGAGAUCGUCGUCUUCACCGGCAGUGGUGAGAUUGCCCCAGAACCAGCUACCGUUGGUGAUGAGGCAACAAAAUGAACUAGGGCUGCCAACUGUUCUAGGUGGUCAGCCAUCCGGUACACCCGGAAAGAAAAUCAUCACUGUUAAACGUGUGGGGCCUAAUGGCAGUGUUACACAAAGUAGGUCUUUCACUAUAAGUGCGGAUGCUGCAGCUGGCUUGACUGGAGCUCAAAAAAUCAUUCUUCAGAGGCCUAAUGGAGGGACUCAAGUUGUGAACAAUAGUUCACCCACCCCUACAUCUGUGUUUAACACAGGGACUGUUAGGUUGCCCUCUAAUGUGGUGCAAGCAACCCUUGGAACAUCAUCUCUAAUUUCACAAGUAGUGAAGACAGAAGCAGGAAUAGUAGUGACUACAAAUUCGUUAGAUUAUCCGUUCAAACAAUUUACUCACACUUUAAUCUCCAGUUGUUCUAGUGUUAAUACGAGUCAUACUUUGACAAGUGCUAAUUCACCAAAUGUAAUGAAAACUCAGCCACAUGUGAUUCAAAUUACGAGACCUAUUUCCACGGUCCCGGGGACAAUCUAUGCCCGCAAUUUUCCUCAAACAGCCCGUAUCGUGUCCAAUCAGACUGUGAUAAACCCAAGCAGUCCAAGCAUCCGUGUGAUUCAGAGGCCAUUCCAGAACUCUAGUUCACCUAGUCUAGUGCAUAGUCAAUCAGUUCCUGCCAACUUGACUGGACUUGCUAAUUUUUCUAAUAUUCCUCAAAGUCUUCUCUCAGAUCGGCAAACUGAUUCACCCCCUCUGAUCAUUUCUAGGCAGCCAGGCUUUGCUGCUGGUAAUUCGGUGCUAACAGACCCUUACAUGCAUAAUGGAUCCCAGGGUAUUGGGAUGUCAUCCCUGUCAGCCAUGCAGAUGAGUGUGCAAAGCAUUACUCCUGCCAAGAUGACAAGCAAAGACUUAUCCAGAAUCUGGUCAAACCAGGAUAUUAAAUCGAAAUCACUGACGAAUAGUCAUGACGGCGGUGGCCGGACGGUGCCAAGCCUGGUGGAGGAGGAGGAAGAUGGGGAGGAGGUGGAGGGUCUGGGCCAGGCCGAGACAUACUCAGACUACAUGCCAACCAAAUCAAAAAUUGGAAUCAAGCAUCCAGAUCCAGUGGUGGAGACGAGCUCAAUGUCUGCUAUAGAACCACCGGAUAUCUACUACCGUGUGUCCAUCCCUGAGAGCACUAUCGACUAUGGGGAGCUGUCAGCUCUGCAGCUGGAGUCCAUCAUCUAUUCCUCCCAGAGACAUGACAUCAUCCUGCCCAGUGGGGAGCGCGCAGGCUUCCUCAUUGGAGACGGAGCUGGUGUUGGCAAGGGCAGGACUCUUGCUGGAGUCAUAUUUGAGAACUACCUGCUAGGAAGGAAGAGGGCUUUAUGGUUGAGCGUCUCUAAUGAUCUCAAAGUGGAUGCCGAGAGGGAUCUUCGUGACAUCGGUGCCACCAAGAUAGACGUCCACCCCCUCAACAAGUUUAAGUAUGCAAAGAUCUCUGGCAAGGAGAAUGGCAGUGUGAAGAAGGGUGUGAUAUUUGCCACGUACUCGUCCCUCAUUGGUGAGAGUCACUCUACUGGCAAGUAUCGCACCAGGUUCAAACAGCUCAUCAAGUGGUGUGGCAAAGACUUUGAUGGAGUCAUAGUGUUUGAUGAGUGCCACAAAGCCAAGAACCUGUGCCCAGUGGGUUCCAGCAAGCCCACAAAGACAGGCCAGACUGUGCUUGAGCUGCAGAAGAGGCUGCCCAAGGCCCGGGUGGUGUACGCUAGUGCCACGGGCGCGUCUGAGCCCAAAAACAUGGCCUACAUGACCCGGCUUGGACUUUGGGGGCCGGGUACUCCCUUCCCAGAGUUCAACGACUUUAUACAGGCUGUUGAAAGACGAGGAGUGGGCGCCAUGGAGCUGGUUGCCAUGGAUAUGAAGCUGCGUGGAAUGUACAUUGCCAGGCAGCUCAGCUUCAAAGGAGUGUCUUUCAAGAUAGAGGAAAUCCCAAUUGACAAGGAGUUCAUUAAGAUGUACAACGAAGCUGUCCAACUGUGGCAGGACGCAAGGGAGAUGUUCCAGGCUGCCGCUGACAUGGUGGACGCCCAGCACAAGUUGUGCAAGAGCAUGUGGGGCCAGUUCUGGUCCGCCCAUCAGCGGUUCUUCAAGUACCUGUGCAUCUCUGCCAAGGUGCCUCACUGCGUACGAAUAGCUCGUGAAGCCAUCAAGGAUGGAAAGUGUGUGGUUAUUGGCCUUCAGUCUACUGGUGAGGCUAGAACCCUGGAGCAGCUAGAAGAGAUGGGUGGUGAACUGAACGACUUUGUCUCCACUGCAAAGGGAGUGAUUCAGACAGUAAUAGAGAAACAUUUCCCAGCUCCUGAUCAGAAGAAGUUUUUUGAUGUGUUUGGGCUGGGAAACAACUCUGUAUACAAUGAGGACAGCAACUCCUCCACAAAUGGCCUGAAACGGAAGAGAGAAUCAAUGGUAGGAAAUAGUACCAAAAAACAAAAAGGCGAAAGUGAUUCUUCAUCAGACAGUGAAGAGGACAGCGACUUUGAUCUCAGUUUAAGUGAUACUUCAGAUGAGGAUGAUGACAAUGAUGAUGAUGAGGACAAUGACAACUUCAAUCCAUUUGGUGAUGGUUCCGACAGUGAUGAUGAUCCAUGGUUGAAAAAAUCAAAAGCCAAAGCAAAGAAAGCAAAGGUUAAGAAAGAGAAGAAGAAAAAGGAGAAGAAGAACAAGAAAGAAAAGAAGAAGGAUGAGGAAGAUGAAUUCACAAGUGCUUUGGCUUCUGCUGGUUUACUUAAGAAGGAAAGUCAGCAUGGUGCAGAUGGAACUAUCCAUCCAGGUGGUGAUGCUAUAGAGAAGGUGUUUGCUAUGAAGCGAGAGCUACUGGAGCGUGUUGAGCUGUUGGGGGAGAAACUGCCACCCAACACACUUGACCAGCUGAUUGAUGACCUGGGAGGAGUGGAGAAUGUCGCUGAGAUGACGGGUAGGAAGGGUCGAGUUGUGUGUACAGACGAAGGCAUCAACUAUGAGUCACGCAGUGAAAAUGAUGUUCCCCUGGAAAUACUCAACCUCACAGAGAAGCAACGCUUCAUGGAUGGGGAAAAGAACAUAGCUAUCAUAUCCGAGGCAGCCAGCUCAGGUAUUUCCCUGCAGGCAGACAGGCGAGCAAUCAACCAGCGCCGCCGUGUCCAUAUCACCCUGGAGUUGCCGUGGAGUGCAGAUAGGGCCAUCCAGCAGUUGGUAAGCACUGUUGUAACCAUGGCAGCAGUUUGGUCAGCACUGUUGUUGCUAUGGCAUUGACUAGGGCCAUCCAGC